GUAUCGAUAGUUGUGUGCGCCGACAUCGUGCAGUUAUUUCAUGUUUUGUUCAAUUCGAACAUUUUGAAUUUUACAUAAUAAAGUCUUAUUCGUUGUAAAUAAAAGGACCACAAAAAAUGGCUGCUCAGUUCUUCAAUCGUAUUGGCCAGAUGGGUCUCGGAGUUGCGGUGCUUGGAGGCGUGAUUAACUCUGCAUUAUAUAAUGUGGAAGGUGGACACCGUGCGGUCAUCUUUGAUCGUUUCACUGGCAUCAAGCAGAGUGUGGUGGGCGAGGGUACACAUUUCUUCAUCCCAUGGGUGCAACGUCCCAUCAUCUUUGACAUUCGGUCCCAGCCCCGCAAUGUGCCAGUGAUAACCGGCAGCAAGGAUUUGCAGAAUGUUAACAUAACAUUGCGUAUUCUAUAUCGUCCCAUUCCCGAUGAAUUGCCAAAGAUUUAUACAAUUUUGGGCCAGGAUUAUGAUGAGCGUGUGUUGCCCUCCAUUGCUCCUGAGGUCUUGAAGGCUGUUGUCGCUCAAUUCGAUGCCGGCGAGUUGAUCACACAGCGUGAGAUGGUAUCUCAGCGCGUAUCCCAAGAGCUGACAGUGCGUGCCAAGCAAUUCGGUUUCAUUUUGGAUGAUAUUUCCCUAACCCACUUGACCUUUGGCCGUGAAUUCACACAGGCUGUGGAAAUGAAACAGGUGGCCCAACAGGAGGCCGAGAAGGCUCGCUUUGUGGUCGAAAAGGCUGAACAACAGAAAUUGGCUUCCAUUAUUUCGGCGGAGGGUGAUGCCGCCGCUGCCGAUUUGCUGGCCAAAUCCUUUGGAGAAGCUGGUGAUGGUCUUGUCGAAUUGCGUCGUAUUGAGGCAGCCGAGGAUAUUGCCUACCAACUAUCUAGAUCACGUGGCGUUGCCUAUUUGCCCAGUGGUCAGAGUACACUCCUCAAUCUGCCCUCAACAUUGGCGCAAUAAUGUGUGUCGGCGUCUCGUUAAUCUUAGUUUUACAUAAAAAUCAACAGCAAGAGCAAAACCCUGUUAGCAUUUAAUCUAAAAUACGUUUUUAUUCAUAUUUUUGAUUGGAAAAAAGAUAGAAAAAGCCAAAAUUUUGUCAUUUAAAUGGUUAUUUCUUCAUUUCUUCCCCCGCCUUGUCGCUUUUGUUGCUGGCGACUCAAAAUUUAUUGUUUUCCCCCUGAGUCGUUAUUGGAGCGUAUAUGUAAGAGAUUAAGCAGCAGCAAAACGCACAUCCAUUCAAAAUUUGGUUUAGAAAUAAAACAGAAAAAUUUCCCACAACUUGUUUAAGUGAAAACCAAUAAAUUGAAUAAACGAAGUAUAUAGUAACUAUAUACUAUUAAUUCCUAAAUUAAA